CACGAAAAGCAAACCAAAGGAACCGAGCAAACAUGCGUCGCGAGGGACGGCAGCGAGGGUGGGUGCGCGUGUACGACCGCGAGCUGGUCGACCCGGAGGGCAAGCGCCGCGCCGUGCACGCCGUGGAGGGCCCGGCGGUGGCCAACGGCGGGUUCAUCAGGGCGCCGCGGAAGCCGACCAACCAGUCCAAGUCCGGCGGCCUCCGCGCGCUCGGCAGGAGCGGCAUCGCGCAAGAGGAGAAGGAGGAGGAGCCGCAGGCCCUUCCGCCGACGAUGGCCGCGCGCUUCGGGUACUACUACUCGACGGGAUUGCAGUCGCCGUUCAAGUUCGAGUCCGCCAUGUACAACUACAAGAAAGUGGAGAUCCGUCCGCCGGCGGCAGCGCGCUUCGGGGGAAGAUCGUCGUGCAAGGCGGGGCGCAAGUUCAGGCACGACGAGGUCAAGAAGUACUACCUCGACGCGGCCGACGUCCUCGAUGGGCAGCUCGAUUAUCUUCAUGACUUCGAUUCGUGAGCGCUCGGAACGGAGGUGCAUUGUCCGGUCCCUAUGCCAACAGAAGGAUUUUUGUUUUUGCUCCUCAAGUUCGACAUGAGGAAUGGGGAGUUGUAUACUGGAUCCAGUGGUGUAUCUAAUAAAAAUGAGACUUUUUUGUGUGUGAAUGUAAUAAAAAUGAGACUUCAGUUCGUCUUUUUGU